AAACUUCUACUAACAUUAUUUCAGAGCAGUACCUUACGAUAAAGUGCAAAAAAAAAAAAUCUUAGAAUAUUAUGGUACAGUGUGCUAUUCUCUCUAUUUGAUAGCUCACAAAUGCUAAUAUAUAUAUUUACAGGGCUCUAACUGCAAAUUUCCCUAUUAAUUUUAACGGUGAUUGUCUCUAGUUUUUUUAGUAAUUAAUAAAAUAAUGGCCGCUGAAACGACGCCGCCUCCCAAAUCCUCGUCCUCUGAACCCUCUCCCGCCACGCCGGCGGCUACCGCCGCCGACCGUCCGCCUCCUUCCGCCGCCACCUCCAUCACCACCCCCACGGCUCCGUCCGCCGUUACUUCCCGCCUCGGCGAAUCCGACGCCGACGUUAUUCACAUUCCCAGCUAUUCUCGGUGGUUUUCGUGGAACGCCGUUCAUGAAUGCGAGGCUAGAUUCCUACCGGAGUUCUUCGACGGGAGGUCGCCAUCGAAGAACCCUAAGAUUUACAAAUAUUACAGGAAUGCCAUCAUACGGAGGUACCGGGAGAAUCCUAGUCGGAAAAUCACUUUCACCGAGAUGCGGAAGACGAUCGUGGGUGACGUUGGGUCCAUUCGGAGGGUUUUCGAUUUUCUGGAGGCUUGGGGCUUGAUUAAUUACGCCGGUUCUACUUCAAGGCCUCAACUGAAGUGGGAGGAGAAGGAGACCAAGUCCGCCGGCGGCGGUGCCGAUGUUGCUGUGGCGAAGAAGAGGGUUUGCAGUGGUUGCAAGACCCCUUGUACGAUUGCCUGCUUUGCAUCUGAGAAGCAUGAUAUGACACUUUGUGCGAGGUGCUAUGUGCGGGGUAAUUAUAGGGUGGGCUUGAAUUCAUCAGAUUUUAAGCGGGUUGAGAUCAGUGAAGAGGCGAAGUCGGACUGGAGUGAUAAAGAGACGCUGCAACUUCUUGAAGCUGUCAUGCAUUAUGGUGAUGAUUGGAAGAAAGUAGCAGAGCAUGUUAGUGGAAGAACUGCCAAGGAAUGUGUUGCUCGCUUUAUAAAGCUUCCAUUUGGCGAGCAAUUUGAUGGUCCUCCGGAAUCUGGAGAGCUGGACGCUGAGUUAGGUUUACAAAAUGCAACAAUGACAACAAAAAGGAUGCAUCUUUCGCCACUUGCUGACGCAAGUAACCCAAUUAUGGCGCAGGCUGCUUUCCUCUCUACAUUGGUCGGAGUAGAUGUUGCUGAAGUGGCAGCACGUGCUGCAGUAACGGCUAUAUCUGAUGUGGGUGACUUGAAGCAACAAGAAUCCGGAUAUGCAUCUAAUGGUAAUACCCUGAACAAGAUGGAAGAUUCCCUUGGUGAAGCAAAAUUGCAGCUCGAGAAGGAAGAAGAGGAGUUGGAGAAGACCAUAUCCAGAAUUUCAACCCAGACUAAGGAGAUCGAGGACAAGAUUCUUCACUUUGAGGAAUUCGACUUACUAAUGGAGAGGAAAUUGCAGCAAUUCCAACAGCUCCAGAACCUGCUCUUCGUUGAUAAACUAACUAUUCUGUUUCACAAAAAUGCUGCAGCAGCAACACCAAAAACUGGAGACAACGCAGCAGAGCCUGCCAAGAUCGAUUAAUUUCUCAAUGUAAUACCAUCUUCUAACCUUGUUCUUGUUCUUGUUCUAAGAUAUUACUCCAUUGUAGUUGUCUUAGGAAUUUUCAGUUUAGCAGAUCCAUUAACUGAUUAAGAUUAAUGUAAAUUCUUUUUAACAUUUUUGAUCGUGACAUUUUGGUGCAGUGAAAAAUCGAAUUAAUUUAA